AUUUUCUAAACAAAUUAGUUAAGAAAACAAACACUCCAAAAUGCUGCUAAAAUAAAGACGACAUUCUCUGGCGAAGUGAAAGCAACUUCACAAACAUGUCUUCGACCCCCACCAGGAAAUACAGUGCUGGAGGGGGGCAGAGACCAGGGUUUCAUCGACAAGGAACAGAAUCCCCUGUAGGGUAUGGAGAGAGGGUGGAGAGAACAAGAAGAAUGUCCGGGUCCGGCCAAAUGCUGUUCCCAACCGGUUUAGGACCAAACCGUAUGUCCCCAGGCCCGUACACCCAGGACCGUAGAACACCAAACCGUUCUACAAACCCUUCAAGCCAAACAUUCAGGCCAAUACCUCAGCAUCUGGUAUCCCCUGGACCAAGAGGAACCUACUCACCCAUCACUGUGUCCAGACCUGGAUACAAUCAGUCUCCUGGUUUCAAUCCUUCACCCGGAUACAAUCCUCCUCCUGGAUACAAUCCUCCCCCGGGAUACAAUUCAGGACCAGGAUACAACAUGAAUCUAGGAUACGGACCAGUUUAUAAUCCACAACAAGGAUUUGGACCAUCUCCAGGGCCUGUAUCACCUAUGGGAAGGUAUGGGAGCCCAGCUAGAUCGUUUGAAUGGGGGUUUCCAGGUUUCCCUGGACCCGGAGGGGGAGGUGGCCCCCCUGGUGGACCAUCAUCCGUUGCUCCUGCUACAGCAGAUCUUAUUGCUCAGCAGUCACAGGAUUAUGUUGAUGAAGAUCUUGCAGCUUUUCAGGCACAAAUCUCACAUCUGCAAGACGAGCAGGAGAGGAUUCAGAUGAAAACCUUUGUAAACUGGAUCAACUCCUACCUCAGGAAGAGGAAGCCCCCGAUGAAGGUUGAAAAUCUGAUUGAUGAUCUAAAGGAUGGUGUACGACUUCUAGCACUCUUAGAGGUGUUGAGUGGUGAGAAGUUACCAAUGGAACGAGGACGAGUACUAAGACGACCUCAUUUUCUGAGCAACUGUAAUACAGCGCUGGAGUUCCUCAAGAGUAAACGGAUAAAGCUAGUAAACAUAAAUGCUAGCGAUGUUGUGGACGGAAGACCAGCUGUAGUUCUAGGGCUCAUCUGGACUAUCAUUCUAUACUUCCAGAUUGAAGAGAAUACUCGUGUCCUGGAGAAACUAGGACAAAGGUUCAGCAGUCCUUCAGUUGAGAAGCGAGGAUACGCCAGCAGUACAGACGAUGACAGAUCUCUCCGAGAAGGAAGUGUAGGGAAGAGAAGUGUGCAGGAGAAGUGGAAGGUUGGAGCUAAGAAAGCUUUGCUUCAAUGGGUCCAAUCUCAGCUAGGCAAAAAUAUCGGUUUCCAGGUUAAUGAUUUUGGUCCGAGCUGGAGGGAUGGAAAUGCAUUCAUUGCUGUAGUUAAUAGUAUCAGACCAGGAUACCAGAUAAAUACAGAACAUUACCAAGGCUUGGUUGAUGUUGAAUCUAUGAGAACUGUGGAGAACAGAGUAAGGUUGGAUACAGCCUUUACUGUUGCAGACACUGAAUUAGGAAUUGCAAGGUUGUUGGACCCUGAAGAUGUUGAUGUGGAUCGACCAGAUGAGAAAUCUAUUAUGACCUACGUAGCUCAGUUCCUCCACAGAUAUCCAGAAGGAUCAGAGGGAAAGGGUGAGGAUAGGUUUGCUAGUAUAGAAUCCCAGUAUAAGAUUCUACAGGACUGGUUACUGACUCAGCUCCAGGUCUUCGAUACGAUGCAUCAAACUAGGGGACAAGCAUCUAUGAACUACAACGAGUACACAAGAGUGCUAACCGAGUACAAGGAGAAGGAGAUUGUACAUGAGAGAUUGAAACAACUCAUCGAGAGCCAAGCGCAGGUUGGAAUAUCUGCAGAUGCUUGGACUGAAUUAGAUACUAAUUGGCAGAAAAUUGCCGCACAGGUUCGCCACUGGCAAUGGCUUCUAGAUACUGGACUCCCUGGAGAGUUUGGUCAGAUUGGAGAAUGGUUGAACCAGGGAGAAGGUCUCAUCUAUGGAGAUGAUAUUCCAACCCAGCUGAACGAGGAGGCAGCAGCCGUCCUCAACCAGAAAAUAGAGGACCAUAAAUCAUUCUUCAGCGACAUAACUUCAGUACAGAAACAGUUCGCCACCAUCAUCUCGUCUUCUCCAUUGGUGGCGCAGAUUCCAAGGGAACAAUUGGAGUCCAUUGAAUCCAGGCUCAAGGGUAUUGGUCCUAGAGCCGAGAUGAGAUCUGUGAAGUUAAAAUAUUUGGAACACAAGUGCUGUAUUGUCGCCUUCCUUGUGUUAACUGAAUCGAAACUAAAGAACUGGACGAUCAAAUACGGAUCAGAGGAGAAGGUUAAGCAGAUUAUGACCCAGUAUAGAACCUUUGUGUCCAAGAACAAAAUAUUUCAGGAGUUUCAAAAAGCGUAUAUAGAGUUCCAGCAGGUGUGUGAGGAGUACAGGAAGGAUGGAGGUAUAACUAGGAUAGAAACUGAACAAAUUGACAAGUUUAUCAAGGAGAUCGGAGAGAGAUGGAAGGGAACAAGUACAGAGCUCCGUUGUGUACAGAGUCUUCUGGAAGAGGUUCUUCAGCAUUGGCAGAGGUGGAACUCUACUGUUCCAGAGUUUGAGAGGUAUAUUGUUACUGCAUAUGAGAUGCUGAAUAAAGGGGAAGAGGAGCAGUCAGAGUUCUUCGGAGACAUUAGCUCAUGGAAGGAGAAGUACGUCCUUCUCACCGACACAGCAGCCUUCCUGCUCGCUACCUGCGACCAGAGUGUCGGGUUAGAGAUUAAAUCCAGGAUGGAUAUCAUCAUCAAUAACUGGGAGCAGCUGUUCGGGUUUGUUGAGAAGUUUAUGCAUGCUGGAGACAUUAGUCGGAACAGGCAGGAGUACCAGAAGGGCCUGGAGAAGCUAGACACAUGGUUGAGACAUGUUGAGGAAGUUCUCAACCUCUCCCAACAAGUGAAGUCUGAGAGCAUGCGGCAGAUGCUUGAGAGGUUAAUGGUCUUCCAUGGAGAGGUUGGAGAGAUGGAAGAUCUCUUCAAGGGUAUCUCCAGAAAGUUCCAGAAUCUGGUUCCUGAACUUACUUCCGACGAUAUCGAGGAGAUGAUGUUUGUCCUGAAAAAAGAGAAAGAGAACCUAGUGAUCGUAAGAUCUUUGAUCCCGACGAAGAUCCAGCUGUAUCAUCAGAUUUUGACCCAGCUUGAUGCGUUGGAUACUGGGGAGGCAGAUAUACAUCUAUGGUGUUCAGAGGCCAAUAGCGUUAUUAGUGGAUUGUCCGGGAAAGGGAACAGAGAACAACUUCAACACCAGUUAGACACUCAUAGAAAUUUCUUUGUCAAGACGGUCAACAUGCAAGCCAUGCUACAAAGUAAAAACAAUGUAUUCCAGAGCAUGCUGAAGAAUACCGAGGGAAAGGAAGGUAUUGAUGUAUCUGAUCUAAAGACAAGAAUGGGAAAACUGAAUGAGGUAUUCGCUAGUACCAUUGAUGACUCCAGGCAGUUGGAGCUCAAGCUUCAGGAAGCUCUUAAAAGCUGGGGAAGGUUCUUAGACCAGCAGACCAAGGUUAUGAAGUGGAUUCAAGAUGCGCAAAUUCUCAUAGCUGUUAAGCAUAUUGAGUCCAAGGAAAAUGUAGAGACUCACAAGGCGUUCUUCAUAGAGAACAAUGAUAAACUGAUGCAAGAGUUUGUCAAUGCAGCCCAGGACUUGGAGAAAUUUAUCCUUGAGGCAGAAAAAGUCCAGCUAUCUGGUAAUAUAUCUAGACUGCAAGAGAAGUGGACUGAGAUUCAGUCCUUUGCUCCACUUCACAUGAUGAAGGUUGAGUUUAGGUUGGAUGAGGAUACCUUCUCUAAGUACAUGAAGGAGGUAGAGAAAGAAUUAAACUCUGAGUCCAAUAGCUUUCACAAGAACGAAGAUGUUGCCAGUAUUCUAAAGCAGCAUACUGCAUUCUUCAAGUCCAGCGGACUUCUAGCCAAGAUAGAGGCUUGUCUCUCCAACCUGUCCAGGUUGAGUAGAACAUUCUCAGAGAAGAUGCCUGAGAACCCCGUUCUCCAGGAGAGCUACAUUAAGCAUAAAGAACACUGGGACUCUCUUCUCUCCAGGAUUCAGGGACUUUACAACCAGCUUCAACAGAUUCCUGAACAAUGGAGAGAAUAUGAGGAGAGGUUCAGCAGCAUGGUAGGAUGGAUGGACAUGAUCGACGCAUCCUUAAGUAAGAUGUUUAAGAGUAUCUCUACUGCCGAAGAGUUCGAGGUUGAGAAGAUGAACUUCAACGAAAUCUGCUUCGACGUGGAGCAGAGGAAAGAGGACAUGAAGUGGUUGGUUCAGCAACUUGACCAGCUUGUGGCUCACAGGGCGGACAAUGAAGGACUUUCUGAGCAGAAGCGUCUGGAAGGUCUCAUUUCAAGAUACAAGUCCAUGAUCCCUGUUAUUGAGACCACUAUGAGCAGGAUUGAGAUCUACUCAAGGAGCUAUUCCUUCAGAGCUGAAGUAGCGAAGGAAACCAAAUCCGGGGUUAUCAGUAUACUGGAGAGAAUCCAUAUUUCUGGAUCAAGGGAGUCGUUCCCAGACUCAGAAGAAGCGGUCAACCUUCUCAUUGGCUCACAGGAGGAGAUGAUUAGUGAAUUAGAGAAGCAGAGAAGCAGUAUCUUAUCUCUCCUCCAGAGAGGAAAGGACUUGAUUCGUGAGGUUAAUGCUCCAGACUUCUUGAAGGAAGAUGUUAGGGGCUUAGAAGCUAAGUGGAAUGAUUGUUAUGGCUAUGCCAUGAAUAGUUUGAAGAGACUAAAAGAAACACAGAAGGUUUGGAACAGUUACAAAUGCCAGAAAUCUGUCAUGGUAAAGCUUCUAGAGGAAGCCGAGACAGAAUUACAGAAGUUGAUCCCCAAACAUAACCACAAAGCUAUCCAAAGCGAUCUUAAGAUUAACAAGGACAUGCGAGAGGAUAUCAAAAGAACCUCUGAUGAUCUAAUGAUUAAGAUGAGAGAGCUGUCAGAUACUCUGGCAACAGUAGCCAGCAAAGAACAACAGAAUGAGUUUGCAAAGGAGAUGGCUGAGCUAGAGGCGCGACUCAACGAUCUGCUGGCUCAGUGUGAUGAAAAGAUUAAGCAUCUUGUAGAUUUAAACAUAAAGUGGACAAACUUCAAUAAGAACCUGGUUGAAAUGAAGGUUUUUAUUGAAAAUGCCAAAAAGAACUUGAGCCAAAUUACCAGCCUUGAGAUGUCCCCAGAGGACAGGCUAAAAAUGACGAAGGAGUUACAGAACCAGGUUAAGGAAAAGAUGAAAACCCUGGAAAAUCUUGAAAAGGAUGCACAGUUUCUGUUUGCAGGCUCAACUGAUAUUUAUGAAAUAAAGGAAUUCAAGGUUGAGGUUGCAACAGUAAAGAAGGAUGUAACUGAGUUGCAUGGAGAGGUUGAUGAACAGACCUCCAAGGUAUCCCAGGAUCUGCAGCAUUGGGUUCGAUACAAGAGUGCUAUAGGAACUGUGAAACCCUGGCUGGAACAGGCAGAAGUUAAAAUGGCAGUUGGGCUGACGAGACCCUUUUCCAUUUCAGAAUCCAGGAAUAUUUAUGAUGAUGCAAAACAGUUUAAUAAAGAAGCUGAUGAUACUAAGAUUAAAAUAGAUGAGAUUGAGGAGAUGAGUAAACUGAUCAAGUGUAAGACGAGUGCUGCAAAUGAGGUUGAUGCCUUUAAGUCAAGAUGGCAAGCAGCUAAAACUAUUGCAGAGCAGUGGUCACAGAAGAUGGAAAUUCUUGUAGAUUCAUGGAACCAUUUCAACCUCCUUAUGGAGGAUCUAAAAGCUUGGAUUGAAUCAAAAGAAGAAAUUAUUAUUCGUAAGAUUGAUGAUAAAAACAAUGAUAUGGAAUCACUGAUGAAUGCUCUAGGUGCAAUGAAGGAAACCUUGCAGGAUAUAUCUAAAAAACAAGCCGAUAUCAUAACCCUGACUAGAGAUGGGGACAAGGUGGGCUCACAUCUCAAUCAAGAAGGAUCUUGUAGAAUCAGAGCAGAAGUUGCAGAUCUCAAACAGAGAAUAUCAACUCUAGCAGAGACUGCUCAGCAUAAGAUUGAAUUUGUGUCAGAAGCCCUAAAUGCUAAGCAAGAGUUUCAGUCAAAGUUGGACAACUUCAAUGAGUGGAUUGCAGAAAUAAGUCAGAAAAUUGACAAACUAAAUGAGAUCCCAGUAGAUAAAACUGAAGCUGCAUUGGAGAAAACUCAUAUUCUCAGUCAGGAGAUUCAUGACAAAAAACCAAUGCUGGAGCGCAUGCAGGUUGAAGUUAACAAUUCCAAUGGAAAGGAAAAUAGUGAGGAGUUGACUGUACAGUUUAAAGCCAUUCUGAGGAAACAUUCUUCAGCUCUCAAGCUUCUGGAGGAUAAGAAAGCAUCCUUGACAAGAUGGAUUUCAUUUUUGAACUGGCACUCAGAAUCUAUGUCACAUUUGCGUCAUAUUCAGCAGUCUGUUUAUUCACAUCAAACAUCACCUGACGAGUUGGAGACUAUAGCAGGAGAGAUGGAAAAUAUUGCAGUCCAAUGUCAGACUAGGAAAAUUGAAGGAUCCGAUGAUGAAGAAGCAAGUAUGAAAAGUAACACAUACAUUAUAGAACGAGAGACCCAGAAACCAAUGAGUAUUUUACUCCUUGUUGCAGAAAUUCUCCAAAAUAUUGUAAAACUAAAAAAGUUAAUUGAUGACAAGAAAGGAAAACAACAGGACCUGGAGUCAAAGUGGGAAGAGUUCAGAACAGCAGAACAAAACCUAGCAGAGUGGCUCCAGGUCAUUCUCUCAAAGGUUCAGAAAAUAAAUGUGAAGAAUAGUAACAUGGAAGCUCUUGAGGAAGCCUCUACUGCAGUCACAUCUCUUUUAAAGGAUAAUAAUAAAAAUGAGCACUUAAAGAUGGAGUAUAGAGAGCUUGGAAGAUUUCUGAUGCAACAUGAUCCAUCACAGAUGAAAGCUGUUCAGGACGCAGUAACAGAAGCAGAAUCCAAGUGGACUAAAGUAACAAACCUUCUGACAGAACAGCAAUCCAAGUCUCAAACACUUAUAUCCAUGUGGAAACAGUGUCUAGAGAGCAAGCAAGGAGUGAGUGCAAGAUUAGAAGAGGCAGAUGAUAUUCUGGAAUCUCUUAAUGAGGUUGUCCCUCAGAAUACAGUAGAUGCAGCCAGACAUGUUGACAGAUGCAAAGAGUCAUUUAGUGCUCUCAAGAAAACUAGACAACCAUUUGAAGCUUACUAUAAGAGACAAACCCAACUAAUCUCAGAGCUUCAAACUGUUCCAGGAUUUGAUACCUCUCCUUUAAAGAAGGAACUAAGCCAAGUGCAGCAAAAGUUUGGAUUUCUAGGAGAGGGGUUGACCAAGAAACUGAAUAAUUUGGAUUCUCAACUUGUUAUCUGGAAACAACUUGAACAACAAACCGAUGACAUUUUUGGAUGGUUGGCGGAUGCCAAGUCCAAUAUGAAGGAUGCACUAGCAAAUGUAACUGACUCGGAUAUUGCAAAAAUUAGACUUGAAAAGUUUAGAUCCGAGCUUAACAGUAAUCUAUGCAGUAAAGCAUCAAUUGAGACUAAAAUUGGACAAAUAAAAAGUCUUAACCAAAAUAAAGAAAUACCAUCUUUAAACAAACUUGUUGCUACAAUUGAUGAUGAGAUCAGGGAAACUAAAAGAUUAUCUUCUGAUCUAGAAAAUGCCCUAGGAAAUCUAGGUGAGUCUUCCUUGAUGAUCAAAGAAGAGGUUAAAGCCACCAUUGAAGAAUUGAAUAAGAUAAGAGAAGAACUUCUGAAAUGUGAAGACACUUCCGGCUCAGAUGAACAAAUUUACGAUAGAUUGAAGAAGUCUACAGAUAUCCAGGAAGAGCUAUCUAACUAUGAAGAGAAGAUUGCUGUGAUUGAAGAUAAAAUUAAGUCUGUUCAUGAGGAGUAUGGAUCUGGUGACAAUACUCUAGCAAAAGAUUUUGCUAUUCUUGAGAAAAAGUAUGAUGCUGUGAACAGCCAAUGCACUAAAGUUAUAUCUGUUCUUUAUAGUGUGCUAGAGAAGCAUUAUGUUGAUAAAGUCAAAGAACUGACAAAGUUUAAUAAUAAUUUCAAAGAAAAAAUAUCUUGGUGUCUUCCAGAACCUUCCGGAGACAAGUUCAGCACAGAGUGUAAACUUGAUUCCUUGAAGGAUAUUGAUGUGACAGUUAAAAAUAUGAAGCCGGUUCUACAAGAACUAGAGAUUUGUGGAAAGGUCAUCAUAAGAAUAGUGGAUGAACAAAGAAUGGAGGAAAUACAAAACACUAUGAAUUUGCUAAAUGAUCAAAUAAACUUCAUAGAAAAUGAAAUUAGCAAAAUAAGAAUUGUGCUAGAAAAAAAUAUUGAAAUUUGGCGAAAGUAUGAACUUUCCACUGAAUGCUUGAAUUCUUGGCUGAAGGAAACUGAAGAUACUAUCAGGCUUGCAACAAACUCUCAUGUUAGCUUUGAAAACUUUGAAGAUGAAAAUCAGAAGUUAACUCGUAUUCAGAGUGAGAUGUCCAGAAAGUCUGAAGAGUUUACAGAAUUGUCUAAGGUUUCUAAUGAGAUAAUGGUAGAAAAUCCAGAAUCUAGAGUUGAACAGCAGACACAAUCAAUAAACUCAAGAUAUGCAUUGGCAACCAAUGCAUUGGCUGUCCAUAUUGAAAAGUUGAGCAAAAUAUUUGAGAAUAAGGAUAUGCAAAAGGAUGCUGUCAAUGUUUACACUGCUUGGCUUGAAAAAUCAAAAUCCCAAUUAAAAGAAUUUGAGUCAUUUGCUAGCUCCACCACAAAAUCAUCAGCGUCUUUUGAUGCUAAAAUAAAAGAAUUGAAAUGUGUAAUGGCUGAAAAAGAGGUUGGCCAUGAGCUCCUUGAGAAAGCAAUUGAAGCUGGAGAGAAUUUGUUUUCUGAAAUUGCCCCAGCAGACAGAGAAAAAAUGCGAAAUGAAAUAAGAUCUUUAAGAGAUAGUUGGGAAAACCAUAUUGAUUACAUGAGUUCGGUGAACAAGAAAAUAGACUCAAUAAUGAUUCAAUGGUCAUCUUUUGAAGAAAGCUUGGUCAAAACUCAAAAAUGGGUUGAAUCAAUGACAGAAAAGUGUCAAGAAAUCACUAUCACCGGAGAUGAUCUAUCUGACAAGAAAUCAAACCUACUUGUUAUUAAAUCUCUUAACCAAGAGAUCAUGGCACAUAGCUCUGUACUUGAGAGUCUGAAACAGAAGUUUGCCACUAUUGGUGAAACAGAUACAAAAAACAAACUGGAUGCUGCUGAAAAAUCUUACGAAAAACUUCAGCUAAAAAAUGCAAGUAAUUUGGAACAAAUGAACCAAAAUGUGAUUGAGCAUGAAACAUAUGCUGCAACUUUUGAACAAGCCAGGGAUCUAUUGAACAGUGCAAAUCUUGAGCUUGCCAUUCUUACCGAUGUUCAAUUUGAUCUUGACAGUAUAGAGAAAAGAAUUGAGUCUGCUAAUACAAUUCUUAGCAAGAAGGAUGAAAGCAAAAACCUACUUGAUAAAUGUCAAGCUUCCCUAAAAGUGAUUCUUACUAAAACUUCUGCAGCGGGUGGAAAAGCACUGGAAAAAGAAUUGACAGAUCUUCAAAGUGCAUGGAGUGCUACUCUAAAAUCUGCCAACAAAUUUAAGGAAGACCAGGAAAAAAUCAACAGUAAGCUGGGUAAAUUUAAGACUCAGUUUGAAGCUAUUUCUGGUUGGAUAAAACAAAUGGAAGGAAAACUAAAAGACCAGCCAAUGAGAAGUGAUGUGCAAUCCAAAACUAAGCAUUAUAAUUAUCUUGUUGACCUGCAGAAAACCAUAGAGCAAAAGUCAAAUGAUGUGAGCAGUAUCAUUGAGCAUUCAAACAGCCUUGAACUGGAUCCUGAGAUGAAUGUAAAGAUAUCUCAACUAAACCACAGAUAUGAAAAUCUGAGAAUUAAUCUCAAGGAAUUGACAAAGAAAUUUGAUUCCUUUGUAAGAGAGCAUGCCAAUUUCAAUGACCAAUACAAAUCCUUCCUCAGCUGGAUCGUCACUGUUCGAGAAGAUAUCAAACAAUUUGCUGAGAUUGUUGGAGAUCUGAAGGUUCUUCAGGAGCGAAGAAAUAAUAUUGAAGAACUGGAGGAACUUAGAACAAAUGAAAGCAUUAAAUUUGAGUCUAUUAUUGAAAUGGGAGAGAAGCUGUACUCCCACACUUCUCCAGAUGGAAAGGAGAUUAUCAGAGAUCAACUGCAAACCCUGAGAAAUAACUGGGAGUCCUUGAGUGAUGAAAUGCAGAGUAGUGGAACGAAAAUUGAUACAUGUCUGCAGCAGUUCUCAGAUUUCACAAGCUCUCAAGAGCAACUGACUAAAUGGCUUAAAGAUAUAGAAAAGCAUAUGCAGCAGCACACUGAGCUGAAAGCAUCCUUGCAAGAGAAGAGAGCACAGUUUCAGAACCAUAAAAUAGUUCAUCAAGAGGUUACAUCUCACAAUAGUCUUGUGGAAACUGUCUGCACCAAAGCUCAACAGCUUGUGGACCAAACCAAAGACAAAUCUCUUAAUGUUUACAUAGAAUCCAUUAGAGCCUUGUUCAAAAAUAUUGGAAUAAAGUCUGGUGAUCUGAUGGAGAAACUUGAAGUGUGUGUAGAGGAUCAUAACUCAUACCAGGUCAUGAUAUCCCAUUUCACUGAUUUCACCACUAACCAGUCUGAUAUGCUUAGUCAGUGUGCUGAUAUCUCUGGUGAGAAAUCAGACCUUGAGAGGAAAAAAGAAAUUAUUGGAGACCUGAGAAAUAACCGGAGAGAAGGAGAAGCUAAACUCAGUGAUCUUGAAAGUAUGUGCGUCAAAGUAUCCAGGAGCACUUCCAAGAGAGGAAAUGAGAAAUUGAAGAGAGACUUAAAUGAGAUUAAAGAAUCUUGGAGAACCCAUAUUCAACUGAUUGAAGGUGUUGAGAUGAAUGUUGAAAAGGUUCUUGCUCAAUGGGAUCAGUUUAAUAAAGACUUGAAGACACACCAGGAAUGGUUUAAACAAUAUGAAACUAUCUUCAGAAACCAGCAACUCCAAAAUUCCUGUGAAGAGAAAAAAGAUAAACUUGCCAGCUAUUUGGUUAACAGAAAAGAGGUCAUGAAUUAUGAGAGAACUAUAGAUGACUUUGUCAACAACUCACACAACCUUCUCCAUAAUUCUGGGGUAGAGCGGUUGAAACCUGUAAUAACUCAGAUCAGUAAUCGUUAUCAAUUGCUUCAUGUACUUAGUAAGGAGGUGAUAUCUAAAUGGCAGGGAAUAGUUGAAGAGCAUGAAAACUACAUUCAGCAUCAUAAUGAAAUUAAAGAUUGGUUAUCUGGCCUUGAAGCAUCGCUUGACCGAGCUCAGAAGGUCACUGACAUCGACAAAAAGGUAGAAGAGUUAAAACUUAUUUCUUUAGAACAAGAUCAAGGAGGUCCAAAGUUGUCAAAUUUUUCAGCUAUUGGGGAAAGACUCUAUCCAGAUACCGGAUCUAACGGGAGAGAAAAGAUUAGAAAUGAAAUAAGAGAAGUGAGGGAAGAAUGGGAAGGAAUGAUGAAAGCUGUUGGAGACAUGCAGAAGAAACAGGACGCUCAGCUUCAACACUGGUCUACUUACCAGGACAGUCUUAAUCACAUCAUAUCAUGGUUGGAUGGGAUGGAGGGAGCGUCCCAGCAGGAACAAGUCAACUGGCUCUCAGUCCAGGAAACAAAAUCACGACUAUUAAAGUUUAAGUCUGUGGUUCAAGAUAUAACUGCCCACAAGAGAUAUCUCGAGUCUGUUAAUGAGAAAGGAGCUGCUGUUAUCAGUUAUAGUCCUAAUGCUCCAGCUGAAGAGAUACAGGAAAGUAUUGCCAGCGUGAAUGAGAGAUAUGAUUCCCUUCUGGAGAAUAUGAAGAUUACAGUGUCUAAAAUGGAGGAAGCAAUUGACUUUAUUCAACAGUACCAGGACUUGCAAAAAGGACAUCAAGACUGGCAAAAACAGAUGUGGGAUAAACUAUCCGUAUACACAGACUAUACUGGUAGUAAACAUGCCCUGGAGGCCAGACUGUCAAAGGUUGGGGAUAUGGAGAAGGAGGUGACUGAGGGUGAGAAUGUUCUUUCCACCCUGAGGAAGCAUGUUCAAGAACUGGAUGAAUCCAAGAUGCCAACCAAAGUAAAGGAUGCCAUGGAGAGAGACCUUUCUCACAUUAAGCUUGAUUUUGACAAGUUCACAAAUGCAGUUGAGGAUGUAAAGCAAGGAAUAUCCGAAAGGUUGAGACAAUGGGCAGACUAUGAGAGCCAGUUUGAGAAGCUGACCCACUGGUUGACAGAGUGUGAGAAUACUUUAAAGAAUUACUCCUUCAAGGCUUCCCUAGAACAGAAGGUUGAGCAGCUAGAGAAGUUUAAGGACACAAAGAGAAUAGUUGAGUCUAGAGGAAUAAAUAUUCAAGAUUUUGUAAACCUAGCUGACCAAUUAGAACAGACAUUGGUUCUGAACCUGCGCCACGCUGAAACUGAAAUUGACCGGCUGAGCGAGGACGGUUCAGAUAUAUCUCAGCUCUCAGGAGAGACCAGGAUAUCAAUGAACGUUCAACAGAUUAAUUCAAGAUAUCACACAGUGCAGGCUACUGUCAAGGAUAUAUUGAAGAAAUGCGAGCAAGGUGUACAGGUGCACCGGGAUUAUGAAACCAGUUACCAAAACUGUCUUCAGUGGCUGGCUAGGACGGAGGAGAAGAUCAAGAAGAACUCAGACGUUCAAGGGAACAGGGAGGAGAUACUGGAAAAGAUUAGUAUUGUUGACGAGCUACUAGAGGAGAAGAACGAAGCGAUGCUGCUGCUCAACCAAUGCCUUGAAGCUGGUGAGAGGCUGUAUAGUACUACUGGAGCUGAAGGAAGGGAAGGAGUUCGGCUUCAAGCUCAAGAUUUACAGUCUUCAGUAGAAGAUAUUUUUGAUACUGUUUCAAGGUUAGAGCGAGAGCUCCAAACAAAGUUGGUUAAAUGGACUGGUUAUGAAGAAAGCAGUUCUACCUUUAACAGGUGGUUGGUUGAGGUUCAGGAACAGCUGAAAGGUGAACUGCAGCUGAAAACUACACUUGAUGAGAAGAAAGCCCAACUCCAGCACUAUAGAACACUACUCCAGGAUAUCAGAUCCCAAAAACCAGUGCUCGAGGAUCUUAAAGAGAAGUCAAGAUACCUCCCUGAAAAAUCCGACAAAGUUGAGGGAUUCAUCAGUUCUGUAGAGUUGAAGCAUGCUGAUAUUCUCAGGAAGGCAAUGGCAAAUGUAGAAGAAUAUGAAAGAAUAGUGAAUGAUCACUAUCAGUACACCAAAGCUGUGAUGGAUGUUUCUGAUUGGUUGACUGCUACAGCUAACACUGUUGAGAUGUGGGGAGACAAUACUCUGGAAAGACUGAGUCUUCAUGCAAACCUGGAAAGAUUAAAGAACCUACAAGUUUCUCUACCCCAGGAGGAGGAUAAGGUUGAAAACCUAAGAAGUUGCGGAGAGAAAGUUCUUCCUGGAACACUUGAGACAGGACAGAUCAAUGUAAGAACCCAUAUAGACUCCACCUGUCAGGAGUGGCAAGGACUUCUCUCAACUGUACAAACUACAAUUGAAAGUUUGGAAUCAAAGAUAAAACAAUGGCAGGAAUAUGAAAACAUGAGAGAGAAAUGCUUAUCUUGGCUACGUGAAACAGACACCAAACUACAUGCUUUUGAUUUAAGAUCAAGCCUGACGGAGAAAUGUUCCCAACUGGAAACCUUGAAAUGUCUCCAGGGUGAAGUGAGAGCAAAGGAACUUGAGAUAGAUGCUGUUACAGAACGUGCUCAGCAGCUGCACAAGGAGCAUUCAAUGAGAAACUCUCAACUCACAGAGUUGUCUGUUAAAUAUCAGAAUGUUUCAACAAAAAUAAAGGAUCUAAAUAUUAAAUGGCAACAGUAUGUCACUUCACACAGGGAUUAUGAAGAAAAGCUGAAAGAAUGUAGAAUUUGGAUUCAAGACAUCAACGAAAAGCUGUCUCAGUCUCUUGAUAUGAACAUGCUUUCCCAACAGGAUAUAGAAUCCAAAAUUGGUGUCAUUAAUGAACUGAUCUUGCAGAAGGAUGAUGGUUAUAUAAGUGUGCAAAAUCUGGUUGAAUUGUCGCAGAAUGUUUUGGCCAACACUGCUGCCAGUGGUCAUGCUCAGAUCUGCAAGGACAUGGAUGAUCUUAAACAAAGCUGGAGUGAACUAGUCACCAGAUUAGGGGAAAGUAGGGUUGCUGUUGAUGAUUCAAUUAGUAAGUGGUCUGGGUUCCUAGAUCAGAUAAACCAGCUUAGAAACUUCACACAAAACUUGGAAAAAAUGUUCAGGGAUGUUGCACCCAUUAAAGCUCAGUCAAAUGAGAAGAGAGCCCAGAUUGAUACUCUUAGGAACUUGGAUGAAAAAAUCCGAAUUGAGCAGAUAGAAGUUGAUAAUCUCAGACGUAUUGCUGAGAAAAUGUUGUCCUCUGGUCAGCAGAAAAAAUCUGCCGAGGAUGCCAGAUCUGUAAUUGCCAUGUUUGAUUCUCUAGGAAAUGAAAUAAAAGUACUUCUAAAUGAAAGAGAAUUACAGUUUAAAGAUCAUAAAGGAUUUAGAGCUGCUCAAGAAAAUCUAGCUCUCUAUAUACAGCGUUGUAGGGAUAAAGUUCAUACAAUGAGACAAAGAUCACCAAAUGACAAGAACUUCGUUGAAGCUGUUACUCAAGCUCUAGACCAUCUUAUAAACAAGGAGGCUCAGGGGCAGAUUCUAGCUGAACAGCUCCAGCAAACAGGAGAUGUACUUGCUGCUGUUACAGCAGAGCCUGGCAAGUCAGGAAUCAAGAAGGAAGUCAUUUCUAUGAUCGAAAGCUUCAACAUGCUCUAUGCUGACAUUAAAAAACAAAGAGAACAAAUGAACAAAGUGAUGAAUGUGUUCAGAGACUUUAAGGAAGAAACAGAACGACUUUCUGAUUGGCUCCAGCAAGCGGAUAUCAAUAUUAAAGCAACAAAAACUUCCCUAUUCUCAAACAUUGAAGAGAAGGAGAAGGCAGUAAAGGAUAUGAAUGAGCUAAACAAAAGAAUGAUAGCUGGAAAACGAGAAAUAGACAAAUACAGUGAAAUGGCAGACCAGAUGAAAGGAACAUGUCUUGAAGCAAAUGUUUCUAAUCAGCUUAAAGAAACAAUGAAUAAAUACCAGAUGACCUGUUGUCUUGCAUCUGAUAUUCUUAAAAAGUGUGAAAACAUUUAUGAUCAACAUUUUGAGUUUGAACAAAACACUAAGAAAGCAAAGAACUGGAUUGAGGGUGCCUGGAAAGUUAUUCGUGGAAACCAGAAUUCUGAAGGAAAAUCUAAAGAGGAUCUUCAUGGCCAACUUGACAGGCUGCGCCAGUUAAUUGUCGAUCAAGAGGAGGGGCAAAAGUAUCUGCAUGCUGCUAUAGAUUGGGGAGAGAAAGCUUGCAGGAAUACAAGGUCAGAUGGCAAAGAAAAAAUCAAUAGUACCCUUCAUGUCCUCCAGGCGGACUGGGAGAAACUGCUUAAGAAAAUGUCCACUGCUAAGGUAACAAUUGAGACUGAUCUUCUACAAUGGUCAAAUACUCAGCAGAAUAUGUCUAAAUUACAAGAAUGGAUCACAGACAGAGAAUCCAGACUUCAACAAGUCUCCCAGCAGCGAACUGUAAUGAUUACACGUAGAAGCACUCUUGGAAUAUCAACAUUGUCUGUAAGUGAAAGGCAGGCAACAUUAAGAAGAACCAAUAGUAUUCUUCAGGAUAUUCAAGCAUUCGAACCAAUGAUUCAGACUGUUGCUUCACAAAGUAGUGAGACUCCAGUCUCAGAUUUAACUAGUAAGUAUCAGAGCUUGUCUAAGCAAGCUCAGGAAAUGUAUGACAAAGAAAAGGAAAUGGUUGAGAAGCAUGAACAGUUCAUGGAUGCAGGAAAUGAGUUUAUGACCUGGCUCAAGAUAUCACAAGAAAAGCUUGAUAAAUGUUCAGAAGCAACCGGAGAUAAGGAUUCACUGGCCAGUAAGUCCUCACAACUUAAAGUUCUGACAGCUGAUAAAAAGCUUGGAGAGGAGAAGUUAGAGAAAGCUUUAAGAGCAGCGGCUGAAGCAUGUAGGUAUGCCUGGGAGGAUGACCAGGCAAUUAUUGAAGAGGAAGUUGCAUACCUUCAAGAUGAAUAUGAUCAGUACUCUGAAGAUCUUGUUAGGUGUAAAUCUAUCUUGGAGGGAGGUAUUGUCAAAUGGACAGAUUACCAGGAGCUGUAUCAGGAAGCCUUGGAGUGGAUUGAUAAAACUGAGGUAGCUGUCAAGAGUUUUAAUAAGUCCAAGAAAACAUCACAGGAGAAAAGAAGUACACUGGAAGAGUUCCAAGUGAAAUUACAGUCUAUUUUUGAAUGGCAAAAGGAAUUGGAUAUUUUGAAUAAGAAAGGUCAGAUGUUAUUAGAGAACUGUGCAGAUUCUAGGGUAUCCAAUGCUGUGACACAGUUGACAACUAAGUAUCAAGCUCUUCUCUCAUUGGCUAAGGAAGUUGUCAGAAGACUAGAGAUACAAUAUCAGGAACAUAAUCAACAAGAUGCUUUAGCAAAUGAUUUCAAAUCCUGGAUAAAUUCAACCAGAAGCACCUUAAAUACUCAUAAACAAUCCAAAAAUACUCAUUCUGAAUUGGAGGAAAAGCUUAAUGGUGUCAAGGAGAUUAGAACUUUUAUGGAACAGGGUCAGAAUAAACUAAGAUACUUGCAGGAUCUAAAAGAGAGGGUAAUCAUGAAUACAGACCCUUCCGGAGUUGAAACCAUUGAAACUCAAAUAUCCGGUCUAAAACAAGAUUUUGAGAGUCUGAUGAAUGAGGUUCAUGAAGUUAAGAAUAAUCUGAAUAGUAGGUUUGACCUCCUGGGGGAUCUAACAAAAUCCAACAAACUAUUGAACGAAUGGCUUGAUGAUACUGAAAACAAGGUUAAAACAGAGAAUGAACUUUUCAAUGAUCUGGGAGAAAAGCGUGCUAGUCUUGAAAAAUAUAAAACUAUUGAGAAGGACAUUGCUUCAUACAGUUUAACAGUUAACAAACUAAAGGCUAAGAUAGCCGACCAUCCUAAUAUUCCCAACAUUGAAUAUUCAGCUUCAAUCAAUAGAUUUACUGUGCUAAAAGAAAAAGUGGACAAAAUGAUUAAAACUUUGAGUGAACAUGUUCAAAUUCAUGAUUCUUACAAGGAAACAUACAAUGAGGCUCUUGACUACAUUCGAAAGGUUAAACAGAACUUACAAGAAUUUGGAAAUCCAAAUGGAAACAAGCUGGCUGCUAUUGAGAAGGAAUCAAAGUUGGCCAGGAUUAUAGAUGAUUUCCCUGAAGGAGAUACAUUGCUCAGAAAUGUUGGAAGAUACAGCACUGCAGCUUCUGAUACAAGUGGAGAUGAAGGUAAAGAUAUUAUCAAGCAGGAGGAUUAUCAGCUUAGAUAUGAUUGGGAUCAGACAAGAAAUCAGGCUCGACAAUAUCAGAAAACCAUGAAGAAAUGUGUUGAUUCCUGGCAGGAGUUUGAGAAGUGUCAAUCAACCAUGUCUUCUUGGAUCUCACAAUUUCAGACAAAAUUAGAAAAAGAGCAGAAGUCUGGAGAUAAGACUAUGCAGGACCUAGAACGAAGGAGAGAGUUAUUAAAAGAAGCAAACAAACAGAAAUAUGACAUGGAAGCCAUGAAUGACAAAUGUGAAAUCUUAAUGGAAUACUGUUCUCUGGAAGAGGUUAGAGAUGAGACUGUGAAUGCACAAGCAGCAUACACCAACCUCUAUACAACUUCGCAAUCUUUAGUCAACAGGGCUGAACAAUCUAUGUCUGAUCAUACAGGGUUUGCCAGGGCCAAAGAAGACUUUGAAGAAUGGUACAGUAUCGCCCUGGGAACCGUGCAGGAUUCUAUUAAUCCUAAUGGAAAUGCACAGGAUGUAAAGCAAAGAACUGAAUUAAUUAAAAAUGUUGCCUCAAGAAUGACUGAAGGUCAGCAUCUGAUAAAUUGUACUUCUGAGAACCUAUCUAGAGUGAUUUCCUCUGUAGGCGAAGCUCAUCAGUCAGAUAUGAAAGCAGAUAUAUCGGAAAUGAAAAAAAAUUACGAUUCCUUGAAUAUGUUAAUAAACAGCCAGCUGUCUGUAAUGAAGAGCGCUGUUCAACGCUGGGAUAUUUACUAUGACACAGUCAAGGAGAUUUCUACUUGGCUCUCUGAUACAGAAUCUACCAAUAACGAGGUUCUAGACUCCAGGGGACAGUUGGGAGAGAUGAAGACGACCCUGCAGAAGAAAAAGUAUAUUCUCGAUGAGAUAAAGAAGAAGCAGCAGGUGAUGAUGAGCAUCAAGGAGGAGGCUAGGGAACUCUCCAACCAGGCUGAAGAUGAAAGUGUGUAUAAAGAGUUCUUGAAGUUAGAAGAGAGGCUGACAAUGUUUUUUGAUCAAUGCCAGAUUGUUAUGACCAAUGUUGAAAAGGAGAUGGAAGAGUACAAUUCCUACCACCAUCAGAUGCAAGAGACGGAAAAGUGGCUUCUACAGAUUUCAUUUCAACUCAUGGCACACAACAGCUUGUACAUUACAACAAGGGAGCAAACUCAGGAGCAGCUAGGACAGCACCAGGUUCUUCUGGAUCAGAUAAACAAGUUCCAGAGCAGUUUAGAUACUGUUAGAAAUCUUGGCAACUCACAGAUAGCCAGAUAUAAACACACUAACCCAGAUAUUCAACAAACUAUUGAGAAACAGCACCAGAAUAUGCAGGAGAGUUAUAAUUCCCUUCAACAGACUGGAGUUCAGAUUAAGAAUAGACUUAACGACUCACUGGAUAAAUUCAAGGAAUACGAGGAUACACUAGAGAGUAUUCUGGAGAAUGUUAGAAGAUGGGAACCUGAGAUAGCGGAGCAGUUAACCAGACCUGCUCUCACACUCGAGACGGUCAACUUAGAGCUAGAAAAUGUCAGGGGAAUACACAACCGGCUGCAGAAUGAGAAAUCUCGGCUUGUUACCGCCAUUCAGGCUUGUGAGGCGGCUACAGCUUGUAUCUCCAGACCAACUACUCCUCUAGAGGAGGUGAAUACACAGAGAGAGACAGAAACUAGGCAGGUUCUAGAGGAUCUUAUUGAUCAGGACCUUUCCCUUGGAGCAGACUCAACAUACUCACAGAGAUUACAGGCUUUACUUAAACAAGUAGAGACACGGAAUAUCAUUGAGAGAUUUGAUACGCUUCUCAAUGAGGUUCAACUGCGAAUGUCUGAGCUUGGUUCUAAGGCGAACGAAUUUGGUGACAUUCAAAAGCAGAAGGAUUCACUUAGCAGAUGGAUAGAAACCACUGAAAACAGCGUAGCUGACUUUCUUACUAGACCCUCUAAAUUUAGACCUGAUGCUGCACAGAUGGAGAUAAAUAUGAUCACUGACAUGCAGCAGACCUUGCUGGAGAAGCAGGCCGUUUUGGAGGAUAUUGCAAGCAGGGAGGAGGUUCAGGAUUAUGAUCUGAAGAUAGCUCUGGAUACUCUAGACGAACACAUCUCCAUGUUGCUGGAAAAGCGGUACAACCAGCAGGCUGUAGUAGAGGAUUUCAGGUUUUAUUACCAGGACUCACAGACAUGGUUUGAAAGCAUCAGCAAGAAUCUGACAGAACUAGAUGAAAACAAUGAAAUGAACAGUUCUACAAGGAUGGAGAAGCUACUAGAACUGGUGAGAAACUAUGAAGACAAUAUAGAGAGGUCUACUGUCCUAGCAGAGAAAUCUAAAUAUGUUCUGGCAGAGGUAGGAGAGAUGGACCAACAGCAGGUUCUGGAACAAACCAGAGCAGUUGAGAGAAGGAUGGUUGACUUUAAGAAGAGGAUUGAGAGGAAGAAACAGCUGGUUGAGAUGGCUCAGAUUGGAUUUAAGACGACCGAGCAGGAUAUUGCAGAUGCAGAGGCUUGGAUGGAAAAUAAACUAGAAGAGUUGAACACAAGGUCUAAUCUUAGUUUUGAAGAUCGCUUGUCGGAACUCAAGGCUCUAACAAAAGAGAUUGAUAACAAGUCUAUGGUGAUUGAAUCUUUCGAAACCAAGAUUGAUACUAUCUCCUCUGAUCUCGAGUCAAGUGAGUGUAGCGAGCUGAAGAGGAAACUGGAAAAACUUAGUAUUAAGCAUUCACACUUGGCAAACCUAGCUAAAGAUAAUCUUAAACAACUCACAGAUAGCUCAGACUACCAGAAAAAGUUCAAAACAGAUUUUGGUGAUGUAGAAAACUGGCUUAGGAUUAAAACUUCAGAGUUUACCAGGGGAGUUGAAUUUGAUCCGCUAAAGGCGUACGAUGUGGAGAAGCGUGUUGCAAGGAUUAAAAAAGAUUUAAAUGAAGUUUCAGAGUUUGAGGAAUCCAAGGUAUCUCAAGUUAAGCUUGGUAUCAUCAACCUUCAGAAGAAUGGAGAUGAUUCAAUGAAGAAACAAAUUGAUGAAUACUCCAAGGAAAUAAACUCUCUUCUCUCCAGUCUCAAGGAAGGAAUGAAGAAAAGAAUUAUUUACUUAGAGGAUAGGGUUGAAUCUCGGAGAGAGUUUGAAAUGGAAUUUGAUAAAUGUGUUGCCUGGUUGGAUCAAGCAGAUGCUAUUCUUUCCACGGAGGUUAGAGGAAAUAUCAACAUUGCUAUUCUUGAUGAGCACCACAACAAGUUUAGAAAACUAAAGAGGGAUGAAGAAGAAAACAGAGAACGAGUCACUGAAGUGUUUGAAAAAGCAAAGGAAAUUAUGAAUACUCUUUGUGAUGCGGACAGAAUUAUUCUGCAGUCCCAGAUGGAUGAUGUUUGUGAUAAACAGAAUCACGUGGCAGACACUGUUCAAGCCAAGAUCGAGAAUCUUGUCAGAAACAUCAGUAUUUAUAAGCUUACUGCACAAAAGAUUGAAGACAGUGUUAAUCAUCUCACAGAAAUUCAGAGACAGAUCAGACUUCUAAAUAAACCCAUUGGAUACAGGGUAGAAGAUGCAGAAGAUGUACUUGACGCUUAUGAGAAGAUUCUUAGCAAUCUUAAAGACUUCAAAGUGCAGAUGGAGGAUCUGCAGAAGAAUGCUGGAACAAACGUAAAUGAGUUGAAGGCGUUAUUGAAUCAGCAAGAAGAGUUGAUUGGGGCGAUAGAAAACCAAAUGCUGAAGAUUAGAAACCUUAUUACUGUACGUCAUCAGUUUAUGACUAUGAUCACUGGAAUUACUAGCUUUAUAAUCAAGCAUACUGAGGUGGUAAAAGAGAUUGAGAGAUCAAGCAUUCAGCCAUUAGAGAAGGUGAGUAAAUAUGAAGACUCUAUCUCAAAGCUGAAGGACUGUGAGACCCAGCUUGCUCUAGCAUCAGACAAAGGUCAACAGAUAGCCAACGAGGGUUCAACUGCAGACAGAAACCAGAUCACUCAACAGCUACAGUCUUUAAAAACUCAGAUACUCACACUAAAGCGUGCCAUUGAGAAGAAACGAGAUGAGCAUAUAAAAUCAGUUGCGGAGCAUAACAAGGUGUUUACCGAGCUAGAGGACUAUAUUGACUGGAUAAAUGAAAAAGAAUGUGAGUUUAAAUCUCAACCAUUGCUGAAGACUACGGUGGAGGAUGUUGAAUCACACAUCUUGAAGCAUAAGGAGCUGACCAAUACCGUCAUGGAGACUAUUGAGAAGAUUAUUGUGGUAAACGAGGCUGCUAGGAAGGAAACAGACCUUUCUCCGAGAAUAUUUGAAUUAUUGAGUUCAGCUGGAGCACUCAUACAAACUGUACCUCGUGAUCUAGAAUCCAGAAGAAUAUAUUUGGACAAAAAUAAAAACUUAAGGUUGCAAUAUGAUAGCUUAGUAGAGCGUCUUAACAACUGGGUUGAAGAAGCUCAGAUCAAGUUACGACCUUUCGACUCUGGGGUUGAUUUUAACAACCUUGAAGUAGACCUGGAGGAACAUAAAAAAUAUUUUAGCGAGGAAACACGAUUACGAGAACUCUUGCACAGCAUUCACGACACAGCAAACAGGAUCUGGGCUUCCUUGGGAGAAACCGACCAGGAGAAGAUUAACCAUGAACAGGAGUUCCUCACUCAGUUAGUGAAGAACACGCUAAACUCUGCCAACGUGAAGCAGAAGGAGUUCGAGGAGAAUAUCAAGAAGUGGAAGGUGUACCAGGAGAGCAUAGAUAAGAUUACGUCCGUCCUUGAGAUGCUCACAUUUGACCCUGAGCGUCCCUCCUCCUUGUCCAGUGUGAAGACGAGCAUACAGAAGGUUGAUGCUCAGAUCAAAACAGUUCUUGGAAAGAAACCUGAGUUCGAUCAAGUGACAGGAGAGGGUAAAACCCUGGAAAAUUCCGCUGACACAAUCAGUCGGCAUAAGAUAUCCGAUCAGCUUCUUGGGAUUAAUCAGCGCUGGAAGAAUAUAAUUGCUGAUUUAAAGGAGAGGAAAGAAAACCUUGCAACCCUGGCUUUACAGUGGGAGGAUUUUGAUGCGAAAUACAAGGGAUUUGAUUCCUUGCUAGCCCAAUACCACAACAAGUUUGCAAAUAUAGAAACAAGUUUUACAAGCAUCAAACAAAUGACGGACAUAAUGAAAGCUUUAAAGGGAGUAAUGGAGGAGGUGAGGGGUUUGGAGGGAAAAUAUAAAGAUGUUGUAAUUCUGUCAGAAAAUGUGAUCAGGUACCUUGGAACCGUGAAUGGAAAGGCUCGGCAGGAAUUAGAAAUAAAUAUGACGAGUGUAACAAACAAGUAUAAAAUGUCGUUUCAUUCGGCCAUUGAGCAAGGAGAAAGAUUUCGGAAGUUAAUAUCCCAGCUCGAGGAACGUGUAGAGCUUGUAAGUGUUGAAAUCUCCAACUUGGAAGGAGUUGACCGGAAAGCUAAUCUACUCACAGACAGGUAUAAGACAAAGCUGGGAAUAUUUAAUCCAAAAAAAAUUCCAAAAUUGGCCUAUUUUAAAAACAAGGAUCGUCCUCAAUAA